UAGAGGUUACUGAAUCAAAAAGCAUACAAGCUACUGAAACAACCUGUCUAUUCCGCCUACAAACUGAAGGGUGUGGUUGCAGCAACACCUCACUGCAACCAGCUUUUUACAAUGGAGAGAGUUAUACAGGCAAAGAAGAGGCAGAAAAGAAGAGCAAGACAACUAUAGACACCAGAGCAGACUCUGACCCAAAUGCUUCAACCCUCUUGAUUGAUAAUAGCUUUAUAUGUGAGAACAAUCAAGAAGAUGACAUCACUUUGGAGUGGUGGAAGGAAAAUGGAAGUGAGGAGGUGAGGCCUGGUAGGAAACAAUCACCAUUUAGUAUUUGUGACUCAAGACCUAAUGCAUUAGAAGUGAAACAGUCAAAUACAGAGAUUGUCCCACAGGCAGCAACUCAAAUUCCAGAAGCAGGAAUAAAGUCUUCUCCCCUUUCAUUUGGCCUCCCGUUGAAUGUAAGAAACAAUGAAGAAAUGGUCAUUUGUGAGAAAAAUAAGAUGGACCCUGUUUCCAUGGAAAAUUGUCUUUCCCCUAUAGAUGUUCUUGAGCAACUGGAAAGAGAAAAGGUGAUAAUCAAUCAUAAAAGAGAAACUGAUGCUAAUUCAGGUGUCUGGAAAUCUCUUUCUGCAGCAGAUACAGGUUUGCCUAGUGGUGCACUGAGGGAUCCUUCCCCAGUGGACCAAACCUGCUCACCUUGGGAAGAUGCACUUUCGCUGGAUCUAGAAUUGUUGCCUGACAACCCAUUACAGACUGUCCUUAAAGAUAACAGAGUUGAAUUUCCACUACAGCAGCCAUUUUCUGUGGAUAGUAAUUGCAGUCCUUCCAUUCCUGAAAGUGAUCUGUAUCCUGAAAGAGAACGAUGUGGUCCAAAGACACCAGUCCCGAUCAUUAAUGUAUCUUACCCAAACAAGCUGCAACCCAGGGUUGAGAUGACGGAGGGGGGUUGUGAUCCCACCAAAGAGGAAGAUGCAACAGAUGUUGUUUGUGGUCUGAUUAUUGAGCUCUCUAAUCUCAAUCGACUGAUAAUGAACACCCACAGGGAUCUGGAGUCUUUAAAGAGGCUGAAGUACAGAAAAAGCAGACAAUCGGGAAGGUUUAUUGCUCAUGCCCUGAAGGGAGCGACAAAUACUCUGUACUCAGUAAAAAAAUGGAAGGAGAUCUAGGACUGUGCAUCAAAUCAGAGCCAAAUAAUAGCAUUGUUUGGUUUAACGGUUUAAAUGGCCAGCGGUUUUGUUCUGUUCUGGUGUUGCUUUUACUCUCCUACAUUUGGCAUUUUGAACCUUAUUCUUAUUUAUACUGAGUUCCCGUGACACCACUUGAGCCAUGCUAAGGCUCCUUUUCACUGCCAGAAUGGAGUCAUGAGGCUGUAGCAUAAAUGAGAAUAAGGCCCAGUGUCUUAGAACAAAAUUCUUGCUGGCUACUGGCUGCUUGCAGUACAGGAAUAAUAUCCACUCAUCUCCUGCCUCCCCAAAAGGCACAUAUACAGACUUCAAAAAACAACAGCUGUAUGCUCAAAUUCUGGUUGUAAACCCUUGGUCUUUCCCUUCCAACCUUGUCCAGACUAGAAUUUAAAGGUGAAAUGUUGAGCCAUUCUAGCUACCAUGUUUGAAAAGUCUAGUGUAGACAAGACAGCAUAUACAUGCUAAACUGUUCAAGGUAAACCCUAUUCUCCCCACUUCACCUCAAUCAGUUUAGCAUGUGUUUAAGGUUCCAGACUUUUCAAAAUACCUUUCAUCCUUAUCUAGGCCAAGCCUCCAUCACUUCUGCUAUGGAGCCCUUGUAGAGCAGGCUUUCUUCAUGUUUUCAGGGGAAACCAGAACUGAGGUGCUCUUUUCAGUCCUAUGACCCUGCAACAGCCUGGAUUUGUGCGGUAUUUUUCUGAUGUAAAUUAUGCAAAACUUUGGCCCUUGAA